CCUUUUAAUCUGGUGAUCGCCCCCGCAGUAAAGUCGACGCCUUUUCCCGUCGACCACAGGAACGGAAUCUGCCUAAUACCGAUGGCAUCGGACGUUACAAUGCAAGUUUUUUGCGGAGCCGUUUUCAUUUUAAUUUGUACGGUAUAUUAGUAUACUUAGAUGUAUAUAAGAGGACAAUUUUACAGUGUUUACUUUCAUAAUCUAUUCAUAUUUAUAGUAGAUUGGGGAUUUUCUUUAUGCUCAAUCUUCUUGUUUUUCCAGGAACUCCGAGUUCUGAAGAAAUAACGAGGAAUAAAUUAUACAAACACUAGUUAAUAGAUAUUUGCUAUGUGUUCUAAUUUGUCCCAUGUGCAUCAGAAGUGAUACGCUACAAUAGAUCACUUGAGUUCAUAAGUCGCACUCACUUUGUUUAACUAGAGUAACCAGCAAGCAGAAUCCUAUCCAUUAUAUUCACUCAAGUGUCUAGUUUUGCAACUCCUGAAAAUUCACCUUUGGAGUCUGCAUUUCCUAAAUUCAGAUACGAAUCACCUCUAUACAUCCUAUCUUACGUAAAAAUCCUAAAUUCUUUUCAUUUUUCUCUUUCUUUUUUGUGGUUAGUAAUGGUGUUUAGUUAGUGGCAAUCAAUUCAUUCCAACCAACAAGUCUUUGUUUCUUUUACUUUAGACAUCACAUUAUCCGUAAGAGCUUAUCUAAGCAUAUAGUCCAACCCAGACUCAUUAACACUUUAGCAUCAAAAUCCAACCCAGAAACUCACAGGAAUCAAUGGCGAUAGUGAAGAGAAUCAAGCUUGGUUCACAAGGCUUGGAAGUUUCUGCUCAAGGCUUAGGCUGCAUGGGGAUGUCAGCCUUCUACGGCCCUCCAAAACCUGAGCCUGAAAUGAUCGCUUUGAUUCACCGUGCCAUCAACAGUGGCAUCACAUUUCUUGACACUUCUGAUGUGUAUGGACCUCACACCAACGAAAUUCUUCUCGGAAAGGCUUUGACGGGAGGUAUGAGAGAAAGAGUUGAAUUGGCCACGAAAUUUGGCAUCGUCUAUACAAAUGGCAUGAUGGAAAUACGAGGUGAUCCAGCUUAUGUGAGGUCUGCCUGUGAGGCGAGCUUGAAGCAGCUAGAUGUUGAUUGUAUUGAUCUUUACCAUCAGCAUCGGAUUGACACUAGAGUUCCCAUUGAUGUCACGAUCGGGGAACUCAAUAAACUAGUUGAAGAGGGCAAAAUAAAGUAUACAGGUCCAUCUGAAGCAUUUGCUUCAACAAUAAGACGAGCUCAUGCUGUUCACCCGAUAACAGCUGUGCAGUUGGAAUGGUCCUUAUGGUCGCGAGAUGUGGAGGAAGAGAUGGUUCCUACUUGCAGCGAACUUGGCAUUGGGAUUGUUGCAUACAACCCUCUUGAACGAGGGUUCUUUUCAUCAGGGCCUAAAUUGCUUGAAAACAUCUCAAAAGAUGACAAUGGACGAAUUGUAAAUAACAAUUCAGUUUUACAUUAAACACACAGUACAACACUUUGUGCACGGCCGGGCUAGUGGGGAAAGGGCUGUAAUACUACUGUUGUUAUCAUGUAACCUGUCCUCUAACACAACAAAUUUUGUAUUUCACCUUUUGCAGAAUUAUCCCAGGUUGCAGCCUGAAAAUCUGGAUCAUAACAAAAUGUUAUUCGAGCGUGUUAAUGAAAUGGCAGUGAAGAAAGGGUGCACCGCAUCACAGCUUGCGCUAGCCUGGGUUCAUCAC